AUGUCGUACAUUAAUAUACAAGAGACCGAUAACAUGUUAAAUAUUGCAAACGAAACAUUAAUCAACAGUGGUCCAACAAAAUCUGUCCUUAUUGCUUUCGAGAUAGGUAGAAUAUUAACGUUUUUAUGUUGUAUAUUUGGAAUAUUUGGUAAUUCAGCUGUAAUUAUUGUCAUAUUCAGUUCAUCAUUUUGUCAUCUAGCAUACGGUAUACUCAUUAUUUUUAUUGCCAUAUUUGAUAUACUACGAUUAUUAUCAUCGGUUUAUUAUUAUCUUAUUCAUGCCCAUAUUAUCACACUUAAUCUCUCUACGAUUACUCUCUAUAUAUCAUGUUAUCGUUACACAAAAAUUGUAACAAAUUGGCUAAAAUUAAUAUUAGCUAUUGAGCGAGUUUUUGCAAUUAGAUAUUGGAGUCAACAUCGAUUGAAUGGGAUAAAAACAGCAGGUAUAAAACAACGAAAAAUAUUGGUAUUGGUAAUUGUAUUGGUACUGAUCUUAGGUUUAGUUAGUCAACAUCCAAAUUUUAUUCCAUUUCGUUUUAUAAGUACAGAAAUUGAUUCAGAACGUCUAACUAUUGUCAAUAAAAUAAAUUUAAAUUUUUAUUAUGGUAAUCAAGUUUUUGACGCUAAAUUAUUCGCAAUUAUCUCUUAUAUAUUACUAGAUGAUGUAAUUCCGAUUUUAAUGUUAUUCAUAUUCAAUUUUGUCUUGUUAUAUGUUCUAAAACAUUUACCACCACGAACGAGUAAUAAAAUUCGUGAAUCAGUUUGGAUUUUAACAUUUUUAACAAUAUUUUCAGUAUUUCUCAUUCCACGAUCAUUUAUAGUUGUAUUUAAUUUGUAUGCUGAUCCCAAAUAUGUGGAUGAUACUCGUUUAGCUGUUAUUUUUCAUACUGUUUCUGGUCUGGAAAUGAUGAAUCACACUAUUACAGCUUUAAGAAUGGUGAAGAGUAGUACUCUUCUGAAAAUUGCAUCUGGUGUCACGCUUAGCAUUGUAUUCUUUAUUGCUGGCAUUCUAAUUGGUCGAUUUGCCAUUCCACGACAUUCUCUUGCACAACAACAACAAAGUAACUCAUUAAAUAAUAAAGUAGUUAACGAUGAUGCAGUAUUAAAUAUAAAAAAUUUGACAAAAAAAUUUCUCGAUCUUGUUGAUACAAAUGAAAUAAUGAAAAAUCUUCAGCAAUUAUCACAGCGUACUCAUUUAGCUGGCACUUCUGAUGAUAGCGAAGAAGCUCUUUCCAUUGCACAACAAUGGAAAGAUUAUGGACUUGAUGUAACAAUUCAUCCGUAUCAAGUUUUAUUAUCUUAUCCAGAUUCUACCGUGCCAAACAGAGUAUCAGUUUUGGAUACAAACGGUAGAAUCAUUUAUCAAACGAAUGGCUCGGAGUCAACUUAUGCGGAAGAUGGAAAUCUUCCAUUCGAUCGAAUUGUGAAACCAUUCCUUGCCUAUACGCCGGAUGGGAUCGUUCAGUCGAGAAAAUUAUUCUAUUUAAAUUAUUGUACAUUAACUGAUUUUAAAACAUUUGAAACUGUUGCCAAUAUUGCUGAAUUAAUUGGCAAUAUAAUUAUUUGUCGAUUCGGUAGAAUCUAUCGUGGAAAUAAAGUUAGUUAUUGGCUUAUCAUGUUAGCACAAAAACACGGUGUAAUCGGUGUGAUUUUAUAUAAUGAUCCAGCGGACUUUGCAUCAUCCGGCAUUUCUCCGGACAAAACAUAUCCAAAUUCAUACUUCUUGCCAGAUAUGGGCAUGCAACGUGGGUCAACUUUAAGUGGAUCAGGUGAUCCACUGACUAAAAACUAUCCAUCUACUGAUUACAUGUAUAGAAAUCCAAUAACGAACAACACAUAUUUACCAAAAAUAGUGGCACAACAAAUUGGGUAUCGAGAAGCAAGAGAACUUUUUUUGUUAAUGACCGGAGGCAAAGUAAAUUCAUCAUGGACAGGAGCACUUUCAAAUGUUGAUUAUGUUUAUGGUGGUGUUGUAAAAAAUAGUUUAACAAUACAAAUAUCGACAUACAAUAAACUUCAAACACGCACAGUAAAUAAUGUGAUCGGUACCAUAACAGGAAAUAUUGAGCCUGAUCGUUACAUUGUAAUUGGCAGUCAUUUUGAUUCAUGGACAUUGGGAAGUAUUGAUAAUGAUGGAAGUAUGGCAGUUUUAUUGGAACUAUCGCGUGUUUUUCAAUUACUAAUCAAAUCAGGUUGGAAGCCACGACGUUCUGUCAUAUUUUGUGCAUGGGCCGCAGAGGAAUAUGGUAUCGUUGGAUCAAUGGAAUGGGUUGAAGAAAUAUUUAUUGGUUUACUCAUAGGUGGUUAUGUGUUGCUCAUGGAAAUGUCUCCACUAUUAUAUGAUGUUGUUGUUGAAACAGCUAAAAAUGUAAAAUCAGCUUAUGGAAAUGAAACAAUCUAUCAGGAAUGGGUACAAAUUGCUGGUAGUGCUAAUAAUAUCCAACAAUUCUUUACGAUGGGUCUAGGUGCAACAAGCGAUUUUAACGGUUUUAAUCAAAUAGUUGGUUCUUCAAAUCUCGCAAUGAGUUAUGCACACGACAAAGAUUACGCAAAGAAUAUAGCAUCAUAUCCACUGUAUCAUACACAAUAUGAGACAUUUCGUCUGGUUAAAAACUUUAUAGAUCAAACGUUUGAGGCACAUCAAUCUGUUGCUCGAAUGUAUGGAUUGUUAGCUAUCAUUAAUACUCGAAUGGCUAGUGAUCAAUUGUUACAAUUAGAACGUGCAUUUAUUAAUCCAUUAGGCAAUGACUUAGAAAAUCCCGAUUUAAAACAUACUGUAUUUGCACCAAGUAGAAACAAUAGAUAUAAUGCAGCCGGUUUUCCAACUAUUACCGAUGCCAUUGAUGACAAUGAUAUUAGUAAUACUCAACGGCAAAUAGCUUAUGUAACAUACUUUAUACGAUCAGCUAUAACAGUAUUACAACAACCACAAACAAAAUUCAGAGUUAAUUAA